GGUAGGUGUCCGUGGCUCCUCCUCCCCCCCUCGGCGUGGCCCGGCCCGGUACCAUGAGCAGCGGGGAUUUGAGAGAUUAUGGCAUCUGAAGCCCACAAUGUUAGAAAACAGAAAGUAUUGCAUAUCGAAGGUCAUCCCAUUGAUCUCCCCAGAAAAAGAAUCUCUUCUUCCACUAAAAAGAUCAUGAAGGAGGGUAAGAAAUCUCCAAAACAGCUGGCUUCAUACACAAACAGAAUAACAGUUGGAAAAACAGUGACCAGUCCCCUCUCUCUUUUCAAAGUAGUAUAUUGUAAAAGAAAAGUUCAUUGUUAUACUCCAAAGCCUUGUUACAGAAAGAAACAGUUCCCUAAAUCUAGGGGCUGUGACAUGGCAAAUAAAGAAAAUGAACUGGCUUGCGCAGGGAAUCUGCCAGCAAAACUGCACGACAGUCGUACACACUUGCUGAAUUCUAGUGACUCUGGCUCAUCUCAAACAGAAGGCCCCUCAUCCAAAUAUAGUGGAUUUUUUUCAGAGGUUUCUCAGGACCAUGAAACUAUGGCUCAAGUUCUUUUCAGCAGGAAUCUGAGGCUGAAUGUAGCUUUAACCUUUUGGAGAAGGAGAAGUAUAAGUGAACUGGUAGCCUACUUAGUGAGGAUACAGGAUCUUGGAGUAGUAGUAGACUGCCUUCCUGUGCUUACAAACAGUUUACAGGAAGAAAAACCAUAUGUUUCAGUUGGCUGCUGUGUAGAUCUUUUGCCUUUAGUGAAAUCACUGCUUAAAAGCAAAUAUGAAGAGUAUGUGAUAGUUGGUUUAAACUGGCUUCAGGCUGUCAUUAAAAGAUGGUGGUCAGAACUAUCUGCACAUACAGAAAAGGCAGAAGAUGGAAAUAUUCAUAUUUUAAAACAACAAUUAAGUGGAUUAUGGGAACAGGAGAAUCAUCUUACUCUGGUUCCAGGAUAUACUGGUAAUAUAGCUAAGGAUGUAAAUGCUUAUUUAUUACAGCUACACUGACAUGACUGGGAAACUAUGUGUGCUUAUGUGGUGAAACAAUCCCCUAAAGUAUCCCUGAAAUAUGUACUAUUUCUGAAAGCCUUUUGAGAAAUACUGGCAGAAGAGAACUGAACUGUCAAGCUGUUUAAUGAAACCACUAACAAAAUCCUAACAAUCUACUUCACAUUGAAGUGGAAAAAUGUCUAGUAGGAGCAGCUUUUACUUCAGUGAGGUGAAAGUGCACUAUGAAAACUGUAUGCCUUUGCUGCAUUUGGGAUUCACUCAGUUACUAGGUAUUCAUUUAAAUGCUACUGUAUUUUACUACAACAUCACAUAAAAGAAGAUGAAUUAUACUGUCAUGAAGACAAGACAGCAGAACCAGUUAUAAGGAACCAACAAAAGCAAUCAGCAUUAAGAGCUUUUAAAUCUUUCUUUCACAAGAGAACUCCAAAAUGCACAACUAUCUUUCAAUUACAUUAAAAGAACUUUGGAAUAUUCAAUUACUUCUAUGUUUUAAUCAAAUUAAAGACAGUUUUUGUUUGCACUAUUGAGAAACUAUACAGCAAAGAUGCCUUAAUUAAAAAGCCAAUGUGUUAAGAUGCAAAUAGCUAUUAUGUUCAGAUUGUGACGCAAAACUACAAAAAUCAGGGUUUCACAUUGUGUAGUUAAUGAAACAUUGCACAUAUACAAAGAUUCAUGUAUGAAAAAUAUUAUAAACACCUGAAGUUAAGUUUGGUUAAACAGUUACUGCAAAUGUCAGCAGAAUGGUGAAUUUAUGUCUAACGAAUGUUUUUAUAUUGUACAUGGAUUUCUAACACAGUAAUCUUGUUCUGUAUCGUUUAAACUACAUGCAAAUAAGUAAAUAUAUUAAAUGUAUCUACUGUUUUUUCUCUUCAAGUUCAUAAAAACAAUUUCUAGAAUAAUCUCUUCCACAGUACUUUUUAUCAUAGAUAUUUAUGUCUAUUGUUUGAAAUGUUUACAGCCAGAUGAGGCCACGUUAUUCAAAUCGCACCCUUUUUAUACUACCUCCUUUAAGAAACUGACAGAGCUUUUGCAAAAUUAAUGGAGUUCUAGCCUGAUCAAUGAUGGCAAAUUCGUACCAACAAUAGCAUAGAAAAUACAGCUAUAAACUCUUUUACUGUCCUAUUGCUAUCCUGUACCAUUUUAAAUUAAAGCUAUAGCUUAAUAGCUCUGAGGGAGUUUUGAUUUUAGGCUUGCUAUUGCCUUUUAUUAUUUUGUGAUUAAGAAGCAUGCUUUUCCAAUUAAAACUUAUGAAGUGCCA